AAGUAAUUUGCAUAUAUUCGAAUAAAGAACAACGCGAACUCUGGCCGCCAUUUUUGUGCAAUCGACGAAGUUCAUGAACCGGGUCCUUCGAAUUUAUACGAAGUGGAUAAUAACCAUGUUGUUUUCUGAUGAUAUUCCUUUUUGAUAUAUGUGUGUUGUCAACAAAGAUAUUUAAUUGGAUAACUUUCUCUGUCAUUUUCCUACUCUUUUUGGAUUAAACAGUAAGUUUUUGAACUGCAAGUCAACUAAUUUCAAGAUUCAUUUCGCGCGCCAUUUGGAUGUUGUGAUUAUCUGAAUGACCCGACAUUUAUACACGUGUGAUUUCGGAUAUUAAAACUGGAAAGGUUUACAAAAGGGAAUACAUAAAUAACAUGGAAUGAUAAUAUAUAUGUUGAAGUACGUAAGGUUCGUCACGGCGGUGUGCAUCGUACGAUGAGGAUGCACCUCUGUGUGGGACUGUAACUGUCAUGACAUCACAGCAUCUAAGUUCCACGUCGUCAUCACAUAACAUGACGGACAACCAGAAACGAUUGCCGACUACAUUUCGUGAUCCGGCAAAGGCUCCUCUACGGAAAUUAAGUAUAGACUUAAUUAAAACUUACAAGCAUAUAAAUGAAGUGUAUUACGCUAAGAAGAAAAGACGCCACCAACCUGGGAAUGAAGAUGCUGGCCAUAAAAAAGAGAGGCGGCUAUACAAUGAGGGAUACGAUGAUGAAAAUUAUGAUUACAUUAUACGAAAUGGCGAGAAAUUCCUGGAUCGCUACGAGAUUGACUCACUUAUAGGAAAGGGUUCAUUCGGUCAGGUUGUGAAAGCUUAUGACCUCUCAGAACAAGAAUGUGUAGCAAUUAAGAUCAUCAAGAAUAAGAAACCUUUCCUUAACCAAGCACAGAUUGAAGUCAAAUUACUAGAGCUUAUGAAUAAACAUGAUGCAGAAAAUAAAUAUUAUAUAGUUCGGUUGAAGAGGCAUUUCAUGUGGCGCAAUCAUCUUUGUCUAGUCUUUGAACUUUUAUCAUACAAUCUAUAUGACUUGCUACGCAACACAAACUUUCGUGGUGUGUCUCUUAAUCUUACAAGAAAAUUUGCGCAGCAAAUGUGUACAGCUUUGCUAUUUUUAGCAACACCUGAAGUUAAUAUUAUACACUGUGACCUUAAGCCAGAGAAUAUUUUAUUGUGUAAUCCCAAGCGAAGUGCAAUAAAAAUUGUGGAUUUUGGAAGCUCAUGUCAACUGGGACACAGGAUAUAUCAAUAUAUACAGAGUAGAUUUUACCGUUCACCUGAAGUUUUGCUAGGAAUUCCGUAUGAUCUUGCAAUUGACAUGUGGAGUCUAGGCUGUAUAUUAGUGGAGAUGCACACUGGAGAACCACUGUUUAGUGGAUCUAACGAGAAUGACCAAAUGAAUAAGAUCAUUGAAGUACUAGGAAUGCCACCGAAGAAGUUAUUAGAUAAUGCACCCAAAGCAAGGAAGUAUUUUGACAAGUUAGCAGAUGGCUCAUUUGUGUUAAAGAAGACCAGGGACAACAAAAGGUACAAGGCACCAGGGAGCAGGAAGUUGCACGAGAUAAUUGGGGUGGAGUCAGGUGGCCCAGGUGGACGAAGGGCGGGGGAACCUGGCCACACCCAGCAAGACUAUCUCAAAUUCAAGGAUUUGAUAACAAAGAUGCUUGAUUACGACUCAGUGGAGCGUAUAAAGCCAUACUAUGCUCUGCAGCAUACGUUCUUCAAGCGUACAACAGAUGAAAGUACCAACACAAGUAAUAGUACGUCAACAAGUCCAGCAAUGGAUCAAGCAGAUACCCCACCAGCUGAUGGAUCAUCAGGUUCAAGUUCAGGUAGGGGCUCUGGGUCAGGAGGUCGUGCAAGGUCUGAUCCAUCCAACCAGUAUGGGCCAAGUAAUCCUGGUGGCCAAAGUUCACAGAACUCAACAAUGGAUUUUGAAGGGCAUCCAAUGAAUUCCCACAAUGUAUGGAGUGGAAUAGGAGAUAUAGCUAAACCUGUUUCACAUGUUGCUUACACCUCACGCAAAAACCAUGCCUACCCAUCACCAGCUGCUCCAUCUAGAGACGUUUACAACAUGUGCUCACAAAGUAGGACUGUGGGAUCACAUGGUUUAUCCUCUCAGACACAGUGUUCUCAAACAGCAGCAAUGAGCAUCAGUUUAAAUAGCUAUCAAAGUGCAAGUUCGCCACAUAUAGGUACAAACAAGCACAAUCAUACACACUCUUUGAAUUAUGCAGGAUCAGUAACUACUGGUGCGUAUCCGUAUGCUUUAAGUGGCGGUACUUCUGUGUCACAAUCUCAACAGAGACAGAAAGAAGACUCUCCUAUGAUGGGAGUAUGUGUACAACAAAGCCCUGUCGCUAGUCAUUGAUCGUUACAUAAACUAGCUUGGUUAAAUGAUUGUGGCAGUCGCACGACAUGAGCCCAGAUGAGUUGCAGGGUUGGUUUGUUGUUGAUGUGUAGUAACAUGUUGCAAGUACAUAAGUAAGCAAGUAUUGACUGGAUGACAAGUGGCAACACAUUUUAAUAAUUGAGGCGCAAUGAUUGUCAUAUUGUCACAGGAUGCCACAAGCAACUCAUCUUCAUUGCUACUUAAACUUGCUCAACAGCCGAAUAUAUAUGAGCAGC